AUGAGCAUCGGCAGAUCCCAACAAGUGCCACAGGCACCGGAUGCAUAUCCACUCGCGGGAGGAGGGGACGAUCUGAUCACCUCCUCCCCACCUCUCUCUUCUCCUCCGCCUCCUCAUCCUAUUGUCUCAAACUCCGUGACAAUCUCUCCGCUUUCGCCUCCAGUGACUCACUUCACCACUCCCAAACUUGUUGGUGAUGGAGACUAUGAUGUUCAAGGUGACGAUGAUGACGCAUUCUACUAUCCCGAACUUUCCACAACUGACGAUCCUUCCCCAGUCUCCCCCAUCUCUGGCUGCACCUCGUCCCGUCAUCGGCCUCCUCCACCUCCGCCUAGCUCUCGUCACCAAAAACUCUUUGGGGAGAUGGAAGAAGAUGAAGAGGAAGUUGAAGUUGAGGAGGACGAAUUGGAUCCUGAUGAUACCGAAAUCCCUCUCGAUGCUGGUGGGCUCUACCGGCGACUUACUGAUGAUGAGGCCGUCGCCGUUGUCGAUACCAACAACGACGGAGACGCAGGUGGUGGGGAACGCUCGCCCUCUCUCUCCUCUGCACUAUCACGAGUUGCUGCUGAGGAAUUUUCUCUCUCCUCACAGAGAGUCACGCGUGCUGGCGAGGAAGCACUGGAUCCUGUGAACAACGCCCUAUCUCGGCUUAUGGGUGCCUCCAUGGCGGCCGCCCAAGUCCAAGCAGCAGCAGUUCAAGCAGCCGCUGCAGCUGGAUUAGAUCAUUAUGAUGCUGCCAUUCGACUUCCCCUUCCAACCGGCUUGAGAACUGAUGUGGCGCCGCUCAAGAAACUCUCUGUGGAUCUGAUCAAGACAUACAAGCAGAUCAACGAGGCAUGUUUACUCCUUGUGUACUACCGGAAAAAGCGGCGAUCGAGAGAGAGGCGGCAAGGAAGUUCCAGUCAGGUACAACAACAGCAGCAGUCGCGUCGACAUUCACACUACCUGGUGGAUGAUGGGGCAUUGGAAGAUGUUGGAAUGACACAGCCACCUUCUUCUAGCGAAACCGAUCUGCUCUACACAAAUGCGCCCACUGUGGUCGAUUCCGGCAGCGGAUCGGUAAUACCCCAGUCCUACUACCAGCUCAACUAUCACCACUCUACAACUUCCGAUUCCAUGCCACAUCAUCACCAACAGCAACACCCUCUUCCUGUUGAUCAGGUCGUCCAAAUGCAUGCACUCACUUCGAAGCUGGGAGACAUGAGUAUCUACAAUGAGGGUACAAGUGCAGGUGAUGAAAUAUCCGGUUUCGGGAAUGUGGGCUUCGCUCCAUCUGGUCUGCCCCAGCAUCGUCCUCGCACGAAUCGCUUAGGUCAGCAAACACAGCAGCAACCACCGUUCUUAACGACCACUCGGGGAGGAGGAGGAAGCGAAUUUUACAACCCUCACCACCAUCAAUUACAUCAUAUUCAACAGCAGCAGGUGGCGGCUAACUAUUAUCAAAAUCAGGCGGCCCUUUUAGAGGUCACCAGUAGAUCUAUGCAGCAUCCGUACGCCAGUGGCAACACUUACGCAAACGCUGUUGACUCAGUGGCUGCGGCGGCUAGUGUGAACAACGUUCUCCAACCGCCCAUCUAUGCAUUCGUUCUGUUUCGCAGUUUCUUUCUCAUCUUAACCAUCGGACCAAAUUCCUAA